CUCUCUCUCUCUCUCUCUCUCUCUCUCUCUCUCUCUCAUGGCCAUGUUCUCGCAUGGCCAUGUUAGAUACUUCUCUUUCAUUAUCUUCUUCUCUGUUUGUGUAUUUCCAUCAUCUUCUUCUCCUCCUCCUCCUCCUCAGAUGCAGUUUAUUCUUCCAUCGAAUUCUCCUCAGAAUAUUGAAACGUUUUUCCCGACUGGGUCGUUUCCUGCAUCUCCAUCUCUUUCUCCACCUCCCUCCUCUCCUCCUUUCAGUCCUGCUACGAUUCCCAUCUCUCCCACUCCCAUGAGGACUGCACCAAUACCGCCACCGCCCGACAAAUCCAAACGAACCACCGUCGCCAAGGCUGUUGUUGCCACCGCCGCCAGCACCCUCGUAUUUGCAGGUCUCUUCUUCUUCCUUCUUCAGAAAUUCGUAUUCGCCCGCCGCCGACGCCAUCAAAACGAGAAGACCAAUAUCAUUUCCGGUCCCCGCCGUGACGAAGAGACGGCAGUUUCUUACGAUGCUCGCAAUCUCUAUAAUGGGACCCUCAAAGGAUUAGUUGUCGACGAAAACGGUCUGGACGUGCUGUAUUGGCGGAAUCUUGAGAAGGGCGAUGGAAAGACGGGAUUCCGUAAAGAGGUCUUGGAUCGACCGAAGAAAGAGAAGAGAAACGGUGUUGGUAGAGGAGUUUCUCAUUCGAAUUCCGAUCCCAUGCCGAAAAUCAAGUCUCUCUCCUCCCAGUCUUCGGAUUCGUCAUCUCGAUUUUCUAUCUCAGAAAUAAGACACCCAGAUCGUGUUCUCUCCCCUCCUCGCACUGCAAUCACUGCCAUUUCAGUCCCCACCGUGGGAUCUACAGCUCCGCUUCUGGUCCCACCAACGUCACCUCCAAAUUCAAAACGCCCGCCCCCACCACCACCAGUUGUAGUUAAUAAAAUUCCAGCAGCACCGCCGACGCCACCACCACCAGUUGUUGUUAAUAAAAGUCCAGCAGCACCGCCGCCGCCACCACAACCAGUUGUAGUUAAUAAAAUUCCAGCAGCACCGCUGCCGCCACCGCCUAUAAUAGAAAAGAAAAAUCCAGUCCCGCCUCCACCGCCACCUAUCCCAGCAAAGAAAAAUUCAAUCCCGCCUCCACCCCCACCUAUACCAGCAAAGAAAAUUCCAGUCCCGCCACCUGUAUUGCCUCGGGCAGGCAGUUCGAAACGGCCACCUGUGCCUCCAAUGGGUUGGAAAGGGAAGGCAAGCAGCAGCAAGACGUCAGAGGCUUCACCAUUGGAGAGCUCCAAGGAGAAGGUGGCAAACCAGACGAAGCUGAAACCGUUGCACUGGGACAAGGUGACGGCCAACGCCGAGCAUUCAAUGGUGUGGGACAAGAUCGGCGGCGGUUCUUUCCGCUUCGACGAUGAUCUCAUGGAAGCUCUAUUCGGCUAUGUCGCCAGCAACCGGAAACCCGCUGACCAAAGCAACAACUCCACCAAUCCCAGCCGCAGCUCCAACCCUAACCCACCAGCUCAAACCUUCCUCCUCGACCCCAGAAAGUCUCAAAACAUAGCCAUCGUGCUGAGGUCACUCGCCAUCAGCCGCCAAGAGAUCCUCGAUUCUCUCCUCGACGGCCAAGGACUUCACACUGAUGCCCUCGAGAAGCUUACUAAGAUCGCCCCGAACAAAGAAGAAGAAACCAAUAUACUCUCUUUCUCAGGCAACCCUUCGAAACUCGCCGAUGCUGAGUCCUUCCUUUUUCAUCUCUUCCAAACUGUACCCUCCCCAUUCCUCCGACUCGACGCCAUGCUCUUCCAUUCGACAUAUGAUGUCGAGAUCCUCCAUCUAAAGCAGUCAUUACAGGCUCUCGAAUCCGCAUGCAAGGAACUCCGCACCCGCGGGCUCUUCUUGAAGCUUCUAGAAGCCGUCCUCAAAGCUGGAAACCGCAUGAAUGCAGGUACCGCGAGAGGCAACGCGCAUGCAUUCAACCUCGCUGCACUCCGCAAGCUAUCUGACGUGAAGAGCACGGACGGUAAGACGACACUCCUCCAUUUUGUGGUGGAAGAAGUCGUGAGGUCGGAAGGGAAGAGGUGCGUUGUAAACCGAAACCACAGCCUCAGUCGAAGCGCUUCAAAUUCGAGUCCAAGCAAUCUCAUGGGAAAGGAAGAAAGGGAGAAGGAAUACAUAAUGCUGGGGUUGCCAAUGGUGGGAGGACUCAGCGCUGAGUUUUCCAACGUGAAGAAAGCCGCAGUUAUUGACUACGAUGGUUUCAUCACAACAGGCUCUUCUCUAGUGAAGCAUGUGAGCAGCAUCCGUCAGUUCCUCGCGGGGCAGCAAGUGAAUGGGGAAGGUGGGGGGUUUGUGAGGGAGAUGAAAGGAUUCUUGGAGACAGCAGAGGAGGAGUUGAAGGUGGUGAAGGCAGAAGAGGCAAGAGUGAUGGAUCUUAUUAUCAGAACUACAGAAUACUAUCAAGCAGGAGCUUCUAAAGAGAAAGGAGCCUACCCAUUGCAGCUUUUUGUUAUAGUGAAUGAUUUCCUGGGCAUGGUUGAUCAGGUUUGUGUAGACAUCGCUAGGAGCCAGCAGCAGAAGAAGAAGGCUGUAGGCGGCGUAUUAACACAACCAGAGUCAUCGAAGAGAGUUCCGAUGAGGUUCCCUAACUUGCCAGCGCAUUUCUUGUCAAAGACUUCUUCUUCCAGCGACUCCGAAGAUGAAUUCUGAAGUAUUUCCAAGUAGCAUUUCUACGCCAACCUGCUCGGUGCGGCAUUGAUUGAUUGCCUCUCCAGAAUUGAUCAUCCGGGGCUUCUUCUUUUAUCUUUUUUUCUUUUUUUUUUUUGUUCUUGAAGCUUCGUCCAGUUGCAUUCUCACAGCAUCCAAACAGGUGACGGGACUUUUGUAUAUUGUAAAUAGAUAUGUAUUGUGAAGGGGAUUAGAAUCCGAAGGAGAAGAGAUGACUAAAACGUAGGAAAUGAAAUUUUAAUUUAAGUUUGGUUGAUUCUUUUA